AGGUGAUGAUGGAGGAGGACAGGACGGCUGUAGAAGGAGGUGAUGAUGGAGGAAGACCAGCCCCUCACAUCUCCAGAGAGAUCCAGUCAGAGGACAACACCAGAGAGAUGUCCGCGUCCUCUCCUUCCACAGGAUGGUCAGGAUUACUCCACGGUGAAGAAGACGUCUAGUAAUCUGAUACAUGAGAAGAAGAAUGAGAAGAUCCUAGAAGUCGUCCACAAGAUGAUGGGGCUGCUGACUGGAGAGGUUCCUAUAAGGUGUCAGGAUGUCGCUGUCUAUUUCUCCAUGGAGGAGUGGGAGUAUUUAGAAGGACACAAGGGUCUGUACAAGGAGGUGAAGAUGGAGGAGGACCAGCCCCUCACAUCUCCAGAGAGAUCCAGUCAGAGGACAACACCAGAGAGAUGUCAGCGUCCUCUCCUUCCACAGGAUGGUCAGGAUUACUCCACGGUGAAGAAGAUGUCUAGUAUUCUGAUACAUGAGAAGAACAAUGAGAAGAUCCUAGAAGUCGUCCACAAGAUGAUGGAGCUGCUGACUGGAGAGGAUUACUCCACGGUGAAGAAGACGUCUAGUAAUCUGAUACAUGAGAAGAACAAUGAGAAGAUCCUAGAAGUCGUCCACAAGAUGAUGGAGCUGCUGACUGGAGAGGUUCCUAUAAGGUGUCAGGAUGUCGCUGUCUAUUUCUCCAUGGAAGAGUGGGAGUAUUUAGAAGGACACAAGGGUCUGUACAAGGAGGUCAAGAUGGAGGAGGACCAGCCCCUCACAUCUCCAGAGAGAUCCAGUCAGAGGACAACACCAGAGAGAUGUCCGCGUCCUCUCCUUCCACAGGAUGGUCAGAUUUUAUAUCAGGAUGAAGAUCUGCGCAAUAUUAAUGCUACAGAGACAGAUGUGAGGGGCGAUGAGGAAUACAAGGAGGAGAUUCCUACAGAGACAGAUGUGAGGGGUGAUGACCAGUGUAAGGAGGACAUUCCUACAGAUAAGAGCCCAGGUGACUGUACUGGGAGCUCGGAGAGACAAUUGAUAUCUUCAGAUUUUAAUGCAGAUGAUCCGGGUGUCACAUCAGAUACGUAUGAAGAUUGUGCCAUUAUCCCAGAUGUACCAUCCACCCUUCACAGCAAAACUCUGUCAUCUGACCCUUUAAAACAAAUCGAUCUUCUGAUUCAUCACAGACUGUGA